AUGGCUGGACCAUCCAUCCAAUUCUAUAUUCCUGCCCAGGAAGCGGCCAUCGAGAGAUUUCCGCCAAUCCUGUAUCCCCAUCUCCCCAUCAGCAACCCACUCUACAAUCGCAUCCUGGCACCCCACAACACUCCACCCCGCCGCUGCCUCUUCGCAGCCACAUUCCCACCUUCCACCCCCCCCCCCGAGCUCAUACCAGAGACCUACACGAUCCUCUUCGCCGACCGCUCUCGCCACCUCGAAUCUCAAAUAUGGCUCUUCAACCCGCUACCCUUCUCACCCGUCCUCAGAUUCGCCUGUCCGCACGAGACGAUCGGCACCAUCCUCCUCGCGGAGCCGGGGGGUACCGCUCGCGAGGAGGCCGUCCCUCGAGCCACGACGACGACGUGGAACCAGUGGCGCGGGCCGACAGCCACGAGCGCGGCUGCGAGAGGCGCCCGGGAAGGCGCUCUUCUGCUCUCUGCCCGGCGGAUAUACGACGGCGCGGGUCCCCGAGGAUCAGCUCGGUAUCGUCGUCUCGCCGUCGUCUCUUCUGUCCCGCGCCAAGCAGCGACGUGGAAGCUCCAGCCGAGCAUCGGCGUGCGAGAUGGGGAGGGCCGGAUGGUGGCCUGGGGGUUGGUGGGUGUUGGUGGAGGUCUCGCCGCGCUGUACGUGCUGCCGGCCUACAGGGAGAGGGGGUUGGCGAGGGGUGUUGCGGAAGAGCUGGUGGGCCGCUUGGGGAGGGGGGAGUUCGCGGACUUGGGUUUCGAUGGGGGGAGCGGGUGGGUGCAUUCGGAUGUUUGUGAUGGGAACGAGGGAAGUGAGGGCGUUAUGAGAGCACUGGGUGGGACGGUGCGAUGUAGAAGCCAGUACAUCUGGGUUGACAGUACAAAGCUCUAG